AUGCAGCCACUUACAAACUUUCAUCCUCAAGUGGGUCCUGAAGUAUUUUAUGGAACUAAUCAGGUGACACCAGAUGGAACAUGGUCUAGUUUCCCAAUUCUUUGGAGAACUAUAAAUGAAGUUUGUUUGCAAGCCUUUUCUGUUUUUGAAAAUUACCCAACAAAAGAUCUUUCUGUUUUAUAUAGAGAAUUGAACGCCAAUUUAUGCAGGGCACAUGCACUUGUUUAUAAACUUACUGCAUACCCAUGCCAUGAUUGCCCAUCACUAGUGCGAGGGAAUAACUCUUCUAGAGUUGUUGGUGAUAAUCAAGAAUGUACUCAAGUCUUAGUAGUUUAUUAUUUAUUUCGGGAGUUACUGAAAAAGCAGGUACUUCAAAGUAAACAAUCUUUAAGUGCCGAGUCGUACACUAUUUCAGCCUAUCUUGAUUCAUUCGAAAAAUAUUCUGCCGGUGUAAACAUGACAAAAUGUGUAUUCACAUAUUUACAGUGGGUUUGGCAAAAGGUGGGCUUACCGAGUGAGCAUACCAUUUUACCUACUGAAGUCAUCUCACUACAUAUAUGGACUGAGAAUAUCCUUUCAGAUGAUGUUCGUAAAAGCUUGAGUAUCAGCGCUAUGAAUACUAUAAAUAAGAUGAGGGAAGGUGAUGAGGUUGAUUACGACACAAUAGAAAAUAUUAAAAGACUAUCAUUAAAUCUAUCAAUGCUUAGUGACGGUCGACAACAAUUUUAUGCCACAAUCUUGGAGGAACCCUAUUUGAUCAACAUGGGCACUUUUUACAUGGAUCACAUAAAGGAUUACAAACGCUUAGGACCUGAGAAUUACAUAGGUGUUUAUAUCCGUAACUUAAAAAGAGAGGAAUUUCUAGUUAAAUGCACUUUGUCUCAAGUGUCGUUAGAAAGGGUUCGAAACCGUUUGGCUGAGAUCAUAUUGCAUGAUGAGGUCGAAUACUUUGAACCUCCAGUCAAAUCUUGCUUUGCAAAUGACUCUGAAGAUGGUAAAAGCAAGGCUUGGCUAUCCAUCCUUUAUGAGCUUCUUGAAGCAGGCUCGAAGAGUUAUUGCAUUGAAGAUGUUAUCUCGUCAAAUGUAUCGGAAAAGGCAAGAGAAUUGAUGAUGAUACAAAAUCAAGAGCAUCAUGAUAACAACACUCCGAUAGUAGAUCUGAACUUUAUUAAGAAAACAUAUUAUGCACAGAAAAAAAAAAUUAUCGAUAUUUUUGGAGUAAAACGUCCUUUAUUAGUCGCUAUGCUCUCUGGACUUAAAGUUGCACUGCAUUCGUGCAAAAAAUCAAACACUCGACUGAAUGAAAAUUUUGAAGAGGACGUUGCUAAUUCACUAGCUGUGUACGCAGUCAGGGAAACUGAUACUUGGCUUAAUAAUCCGAAACCGGAUGGCAACUGGGUUGCGGAUAUGUAUGGCCUUAUUGAAAAAAAGGAGGUGUUUCACUCAAAGUAUACUAAACUUCUUAAAUCUCGCUUAUUGAAAAAUAUUUACCAAACGGAAACGAAAGCAUGUUUUGCGAACGCAUUCGAGAAGGAGGAACACAUGCUUUGCGAUCUUUUCUCACGGGGGAAGAAUUUUGACUUUGCGCACUCUUGUCAGAUUAUGUUGAAAGACGUGUAUAAACGCCGAUUUCAUGAUGGCGCAACAGAUCGUGCACCAUUUGAACUUCGACCUAUAGUUCUAAACAAAUUCAUUUGGGAUGGCCUUGCGCCACCUUUCAAACAGGACACAAAUUUGUUCAUAGAAAGUGUUGAUCAUGCCUUGGAUAAUUUCAAUAUAACAUAUAAAAAAAGUAUCGCUCCAGGGAAGUGUCUAUCCUUCUUACCACAUUAUACCACUUGCAUUGUCCGUAUGAAAACCGAUGAUGCCACUCAUCACAGUGUGCGUCUAGUCCUUUCUGCUCUUCAGUUGCAGAUUGCUAUGGCGUUUAAUGAAAAAUGUACAUGGGUGCUAUCCGAAUUAGAAAAAAAAAUCGACGCCAACCACACUGAAUUUAGUGAGCAUUUUAAAAAAUUUAUUGAGGCAAACAUAUUCGCUUACUCAUCUUCUUCUAAAUCAGUUCACGUCAUCAAGUCUAUCAAUUCAAACACCAAAAAAAUUUUCUUAGUUCCUGACAUUCAGCAUGAAAAUGUUCAGGAGGUAAAAAGCGAGCGUUCUCGAAGUGUUGUACCUCUUGAAAGAGAAAAAGGAAUGGCCAUUGAAGGUUGUAUUGUAAAGUCAUUGAAACAGAACGGUCUUCUUUCUAUUGAAAAGAUUGAGGAAGCUGUUUCUAAAAUUUUGGAUAAAUUUAGCAUUAAUCGUCGUGAUAUCAAGAAAAUACUUGAUAAAUUAAUAGAAAGAGAAUAUGUAUUGCGUGAGGAAGCUUCAAAUACUUUCAGAUUUAUUCCUUAAAUAAGAUAGCUAUCAUUACUAUUAUACAUGCGUAUAUCUAUAUAUCUUUUAUUAUUUCUGAAUGAUACUAUUUUAAUCGCUUCGGCACUACUUGU